AAAGGAAUCUUGCACACGUUUGGUUGUUUUAAGUUGUCUGUCACAUUUUUUGCUUUCGAUUCUUUGUGCAAACACGGAAAAAAUAUUGAGAAAAAUCUCUAUUCCCAUACGGAAAAAGUUAAAUUUUAAUAUAUUACGAUAAUAAAUUCUAUAAACUAAAAUUCAUAGUUUGCAAAUAUUAAUACCACACAAUGGCUGAUGAUUGGGAGACAGCAGCUGAUGAGGAGGUGAUCAUACGCCCCAAAAUCGCAAAUGAUGUGAACAAAUGGCAAGGAGAGGAUGAUGAUGAGGAUGUUAAGGACAGCUGGGAAGAUGAGGAAGAGAAAAAAGAUGAGGAAAAAUCCGAUAUAAAAUCAACAGUGCCAACAAAAACUAAACCAAACAAAGCUUUAAAAGCCAAAUUAACAGAACAAGAACGCUUAGCUGAAGAGGAGGAAGAGAGACGUUUAGCGAACUUAACGCCGGAAGAAAAGUUAGCAGAAAAAUUGCGCAUUCAAAAAAUUCAAGAAGAAUCAGAUCUUAAGAGCGCUCUAGAGACAUUCGGUGUUUCGAGUAUUGGCAAUGGUUUGGAGGGUUGUAAUCCACAAACGAAAGAAGAAUAUAAAGAAUUUGGUGCGACGAUAGCUUGGAAAUUGGCACAUUACAAAGAGUCACCACACUUCCCUUAUUUUGUUGAUGAACUAGUGCGUAGCAUAUGUUGCAAUUUGUCGACAGCUGACAUCAAAAAAGUGAAAAUGAGUGUUGAAAGUUUACACACCGAAAAGCUCAAAAUGGAAAAGCAAAACGCAAAAAAACCUGCUAGUAAAGGAAAAAAUAAAGUCACUCUGCGUACCGAAACUGAUGACAUUGAUGGCUAUCAGAAAUACGGAAAUGACUAUGCAGAAGAUUAUGACGAUUUUAUGUAAAUACUGUUGAAACCAUAUGUGCGUACCAUACUUACAUAUUACAUAUAGAAAUUUAUGCUUCACGUUUUAUUUUUUGUUAAAAAUUGAAAUAGAUACAUACAUAUAAAUAGAUCGCUACGAACAAUAUUUGAAACUGUAUACUAAAAAUUUUUUGAAUAAGAAAUUUCUAACAUGCUUGUGAAUUAAUUU